CUGCUGUGCGCAUCCAGUUGUCCAGCAGCCUGCUGCCAAGUGCAGAAGCGGCACUUUCCGAACCAUACACGACGGUGAAAUUGCAGCCCGGUUCACUGACACUUCCACCAUAGUUUGGACUUUCUGAACCAAACUCACUUCGGUCAAGGGGAUCUUCAUAAGUGUCAGAUAACCAGUUUUGCCUUAUCCAUGGCCGUAAACGUGUAUUCGACAUCAGUGACAAGUGACAAUCUCAGCCGCCAUGACAUGCUCACAUGGAUAAACGAGUCCUUGCAGAUGAGCCAUGCCAAGAUCGAGCAACUGUGCUCAGGCGCUGCUUACUGUCAAUUCAUGGACAUGCUGUUCCCAUCAUGUAUUCCAUUGAAGAAAGUCAAAUUCCAGGCCAAACUCGAGCACGAAUCCAUCCAUAACUUUAAACUUCUUCAAGGUUCCUUCAAAAAGAUGGGAGUUAGUAAAAUUAUCCCUGUUGACAAGCUUGUGAAGGGCAAGUUUCAGGAUAACUUUGAGUUUGUGCAGUGGUUUAAGAAAUUCUUCGAUGCAAACUAUGAUGGAAAAGAAUAUGAUCCAGUGGCGGCUCGACAGGGACAAGAAAUGGCAACCAAUCAGAGUCCAGCAGGAGCACCAGUUAACAAGCCAAAGAAAGUCAGCUCAGCUCCACAGCGUUCAGCCACAGCAACUAAGUCUGCAGCAAAGACUGCUCCAGCUGCAACGCGUGCGGCAGGAACAGGUGGGGGCGAUGAAGACAAGGGAGCACUUACUCAGAUGAUAAAUGACUUAAAGGCCACUAUCGCAGACAUGGAGAAGGAACGAGAUUUCUACUUUGGUAAACUCAGAAACAUUGAGCUCAUCUGCCAAGAGAAGGAGGGUGAGAGUGACCCAACGCUGCAAAAAAUUGUGGAUAUUUUGUACGCAACAGAUGAAGGUUUUGUUAUGCCAGAGAAUGAGUCUGGUGAACCGGAAGAGUUUUGACCAGUUAUGGGGUGCCUGUUUUUUAAAUUCCACCCUUGGACACUUACAUGCACGUAUUGGCUGAUUUCUGCUGUUCUACUGCACUUGCCUUUGGUUCAUUGUCUUGGACUUCAGACUUUUGAAUGUCUUUUAUUCAGGGAUGUUCUAUACCUUGAAUUUCAUUUUUAUUGACCAUCAUAACAUUAUUUUUGUGAAUGAAAAAUAAAGUGCUUAUCAAAGACUGUUUGUAAAAAGCAGUCCAUUGA